AUGCAUGUCUUCAAGCUACAUCAGCAACUCUACGUUGAAACUGAAAUAACACUCAUGCAUGGAAUGUAUCUCAAGUUUGAAAGCCAAUUGGAAAACACAUACAACAUUUGGCUUUCAUACAUUCAGUUCGAUACACCAGAUGACUUUGAUGUUGAAGAAGAAAACUCUGCUCAAGAAGAUGAACCACAAGACGCACCUGAUGAUGACGAAUUUGUACCCGAAGAAGAAGAAGAAUAUCAUUCAAGAACACCAUCAGAAGACGACCAACAAAUGGCAGAUGCAAUGGACAGUCAAGUUCCAUGA